AUGGUCUACCUCAAGAACCGGAAGCGGUGUGAAUUCUUCGAAUGUACGAGGCAGCCGACGUACGGCCAGGACGGCCAGCGGGCAAGGUACUGCUCGUCCCAUAAGGAGGAGGGCAUGAUCGACGUCAAGAACUGCCGGUGUAAGCACCCGGGCUGCACUCGGCAGCCCAACUACGGCCACGAGGGCGGCCGCGCGAAGUACUGCUCGUCUCACAAGCUGGCCAAGAUGGUGAACGUCGUCAGCCGGCGGUGCGAGUUCCCGGCCUGCAAACGGCAGCCCAUCUACGGGUUCGAGGGCGAAAAGGCCACGUUCUGCCCGACCCACCGGAUGGACGCGAUGUCGGACGUGGUGAACCGGCACUGCGAGUACACGGGCUGCACGAAGACGCCGAGCUACGGCUACGUCGGGGAGCGCGCCCAGUUCUGCUCCCACCACCACCUCCCGGACAUGGAGGACGUUAAGAACCGCCGGUGCGAGUGGCACGAGUGCCGCCGCUACCCUAUCUUCGGGCACGAGGGGGAGCGGGCCCGCUUCUGCUCGGCGCACAAGACGGACGACAUGGUGAACGUGCGCAACCGCAGGUGCGAGGAGGGCAGCUGCACCAAGCUGCCCACCCACGGGUUCCCGGGGGAGAAGGCGAAGGCGUGCCAGGCCCACGCGAAGAGCGGGAUGGUUAACCUCAAGGGGCGCAAGACGACCCCGCACGCGCCCAAGCGAGAGGGGGACGUGAGCAUCCGCCUCGGCGUCUCCGUCGACGCUUCGACCCUCGUCGGUAACCUUCCCGGUGGUGGUGGCGGCGGCGGGGGGGGGGCUAACGGCGGCUCCAGCAGAUCGGCGAGGUCGCCGGAGCCCGAUUUCGACGCCGCAAGCGGCGUCGGCGGCGGCGGCGGCAAGGCGAUCGGCAGUGGUGGUCCGGACGGAGACCGAGUGGCAGACCGGCUCGGCGGCGGGUACUGGGGAGGAGGAGCGGGAGCGGGGCCGCAGGGGCACAGAGGUAGCGGAGGCGUGGGUCGAGGGCGCGGAAAUGAUCAGGACCCGGGGGACAUGUAUGCAGGUGGCGGCGGCGGUGGCGGUGGCGAUGCUAUCUUGGGGUGGGGACGGCAAGAAGGUGGCAACAACCCUGGGCCGAUGGGAGUUCUCGGGGGCAUAGGGGGAGACCAACGGCAGCAGCAGUACGCGUCCUCCGCCGUAGACGACCAGCAGGGCGGGUACGGCCCCGGCGCGAUCGGCGGCGACAAUGGCCCCGAGAUCGGCGGCGGCUCUAUCCCCGUGUCCGGCGUCCUCAGCGGACGUGCGAUCCUUCCCCCGCCGUCACAGCAGUCAUCAUCCCGAGGUCCGGUGGCGCAGCCGCACGCGCGGCGACCGUUGCCGCCGUCUCCGGGCCGCUCCGGAGGAGGCAUUCCUGGUAUGCCGGGCAGCGGGAUGCUGGACGGGGGCGGCGGCGGCGGUAUGGAUGUGGGCAGGCAAGGCGGGAGCCUUUCGCCGUUCAUCGGGCACCAGUCGUCGUCGGCGUCGUCGCACCUGCGGCUCCCGUUGCCGCCGGCCAUGAACGGGCCGUUCCAACCUUCGUUUCAGGCCUUGGACUGGGAUGACCCGAGUGGAAGCGGCGGCGGAGGGCCGGGAGGCGGCGGAGGUGGUGGCCCAGGUGUAGGGGUGCAAGGCGGCGGGAGUGCUGGUGGCGGUGGGGGGUGGCCCAGCGAAGCGGCAGUGCCGCUUAGCCACGUGGACUACCCUCACCAAGAGGCGGGGGACAUGGGAAUGGGCCGUGACGACGGCAGGCGGGGGGGGGACCCCGCGGACGGAGGUUUGGACGUGGAAGGCGGCGGGGGUCCGGGGGGCGGGGGCCCCGGGGGCUUCGGGACACGCUUGCCGGGGGUCGAUCUGGGGCAGGGAAUGAUGCCGCACUUCGACCGGAUGCACGGCAUCGGCGGCGGUAGAGGCUCGUCGCCGGGGCCGUUCCACUCCAUGGGGGCGGACGUCGGCGGCGCCUCCGGCGGGGGCGGCGGUACGGGUGGCCCGUCCGGAGGCGGUACGGGAGGCCCGUCCGGGGGCGGCGGCGGCGGUGGCGGCGCUAUGCACUCCUCUUCCUCCGGCGCCGGCGGCGAGAUCGACGCGUUGAAUGGCGGGGGCGCGGCCGGGCGGUCGAUGUCGCCGCUCAUGUCAACGCUGGGGGGAGAGUCGGGAGAGACCCCUCCCGGGCUCGCGAGGCUGAGGACGACGGGGGGGAUGAGCAGCGAAGGCGGCGGGGGCGGAGGAGGAGGAAGUGGAGAUCACCACAACGACGAGGCCUUGUCGUACCCGCCGUCUUCGUACCUUCCGAGCAGGAGCGGCGGCGGUGGCGGCGGUGGCGGGGGCGGCGGCGGCGGCUCCUCUUCAACCGGUCUCGGCAACGCGCUUCAGCACGACGUGCCGUCCCCCCCCCGACACAACCCGGAGCGAUCGUCGCCUUCGUUUGACGCCCUGUCGGGCACCCCCGCGGCGGGCGAAGUCGACGGGCCCUCCGGUUCCGGCGGCGGCGGCGGCGGCAUGAACUCGCGCGGGAGCGGGAGCGGCAGCAUCGGCGGCCGCCAGCCACCCCAGCAGGGGAGCGGCGGCGGGGGCGGAGAGUUCGCCCCGACCGCCGGCGGCGGAGGAGAGGUCAGCAAGACCUCGCUGGCGCCCCACGAGAACGGGGCCGGCGGGGACAUGGUGCGGGGCGAGGGACGGGAAGACCGGAACGCCGCUGGCGGAGAGGGGGAGGAAGCGAGGAAACGGCUGAGGCUCGGGGAGCUGAACUAA